CCCAACACACACAAGCCGCUCUUCUCCUUGUCCAAAUAUCGGAUGAGUUAAGAAGAGUUGGGUCAAACUUCUCCAAAAUCAACUGAAAUACAGAGUGUUCGAAUCCCAAAUCCCGUUGUAAACUCCAUUAAGAGAUCUAUAUCGCCCCCGUUGAUCCGUGCGGUUUUUUCAUCUUCGAUUCGAUGACGGUCAGAACAGUGAAAGUAAGCAAUGCUUCUUUAGGUGCUUCUGAGCACGAUAUCAAGGAGUUCUUUUCAUUUUCAGGAGAAAUCGAGUAUGUGGAAAUGAAAAGUGCUGAUGAACGCUCUCAAAUCGCUUACGUAACUUUCAAGGAUCCUCAAGGUGCAGAGACUGCCGUGCUUCUUUCAGGAGCUACAAUUGUUGAUCAGUCAGUCACUAUAGUUCUUGAUCCUGAAUACAAGAUUCCAAUCGAGGCUUCGUCUGCACCAAUUGUUACAGAAAGCCAGAAUGUUAGUGGCGGUGCUGGAUCAGCAAUCCAGAAAGCAGAAGAUGUGGUUAGUAGCAUGCUGGCGAAGGGUUUUGUACUGGGCAAGGAUGCAGUUAAUAAAGCCAAGUCUUUUGAUGAGAAGCACCAGUUCACUUCCACUGCCACGGCCAAAGUCGCUGCUCUGGACCAAAAGAUUGGGCUUACAGAGAAGAUUGGUUUGGGAGCAACAAUCGUUAAUGAAAAGGUCAAAGAAGUUGACCAGAAGUUUCAGGUGUCCGAGAAGACAAAGUCUGCCUUUGCGGCUGCUGAACAGACAGUUAGCAAUGCCGGUUCUGCAAUUAUGAAGAACCGAUACGUUCUCACUGGGGCAACUUGGGUGACCGGAGCGUUUAAUCGGGUCACCAAAGCUGCUGGGGAAGUGGGCCAGAAGACAAAGGAAAAAGUGGAUGGAGAAGUUGCAAAGGAAGGUUAUGUGGGGUUACAUGCUUCGGAAGAACCCCCAAAGGCUUCUUCCACUGAUGAUUCGAAGAAGAAGCCUUCCACCGUUGAGGGCUUAAUCCUGUGAAUUUGUCAAUGUAAAACCCCAGUUCUUUAUGAGCAUGUUUUCUUAGGAGGUUUCCAGCCAUUUUAACUUAUAUUUACUGCUUGGACUUUUGAACUGUAAUUGUGUCAUGUCAUGUGACUUAUACAUGUUUUUAUACCUUUUUAAACAAAACUUGUUUAAUAUUUCAAUGGAUAGUGUUUAUAGUAGUACUCCGCAUAUGAAAAGCCAUUGGUGUUAACGACCUGCAAUAAACUAUGCUGCUAUGCAAGAUGUAUU